AUGGCUUCAAGAUCAGGUACGCGUAUAGUACGCGGGGUAACAUCCAAAAAGAAGGCCGACAUAGAUAAAGCCGCUGCUCUUCAGCGAGCAGGCCAAAAUGCCUACAAAUUUGGUGAUCUCCAAGGCGCCAUUGAGUCCUUCACCCAGGCAUUGGUGGCAAAUAAUGAGGACACUGGCAUCCUAGAUAAUCGCGCCGCCACAUAUUGCAAGCUGAAACUGUACAGCCAGGCCCGCGCUGAUGCUAGAGCUAUGGUCAAGCUUGCACCUAAUGACGAUCGUGGAUACUUGCGCUUAGCCAAGGUCCUAUGUCUAGAUGGGAACUUUGACAAGGCCCGAGACAUCUACGAAUAUGCCCUCCAGAAACUUCCAGCUGAUCACCAAGGCCGCAAGGUCCUCGAGCAGUUACUCAAGAAACUACAGGAUAAGCUGGCAGGAGGAAACCGGCGCGACCCGUUUACAAUCCUGCCCCUAGAGAUCGCAGAACUCACGCUCCGGCGCUUUUCCUUCAAGCAGAUCGUGGCAAUCCUACGCGUCUGCAAAGGAUGGAGCCGAUUCCUAGGCGGACUACCCAGCCUCUGGAUGCAUGUUGAUCUCACCGGGGCUAGAUCUCGUGUACCUUGGACAUCUGUCCGAAACUACAUCCAUCGAUCGCGAGCGCAACUGACCAAUGCCACCAUUACAAACCUCGUGCCCUCUACUACGCCUAAGGUGCUCGACAUGCUAAGCAGAUGCCCCCAACUAGAGCAUCUGGAGCUGAUGGUUCCCCAUGACCAGCCUCAAGAGUUCUACGUGAAGAUCACAGAGUUUCGACGCCUCAAAAGUAUCGUCUGUGGAGCAGACAUCAGCCUUUCGCAUGCCUGUGUUGGGAGUAUUUUAUCUACCUUAUCGAAACUUGAGAAAGUCGCUUUUCUCCGUGUUUGGGAUAAGGGAGAGGGGCCCCGGCCCACAUCAACAUGGCCUCAACAUCUCCCAAAUAUGAAGAGUGUAACUAUUGGGUCUCCACAAGAAAAUCCUCACGGCUUGAGCUUCCCGGAUGUACUUCCGGGGUUAGGAUUGUCUGCGUAUCCCAAUCUAGAGGAGUUGCGGCUGGUCUGGGAUCACGCGCGUUCAAAAUCAUACCGGUUUGAUCCGGUGCAAGAGGAGGAACAUCUUCCCCCGCUCCGCAUAUUAGAUCUUCGAGGCGCGGCUGUCCAACAUAAUUUUUAUUCCAUCCUUCCAACCAGCCUUGAGACCCUACGUUUGUUUUCAGGGUCCAUCGAGACUCCUCAUCUUGGCGGAAAUUUAUUGACACCGGGAGAGAACGAACUCCCAAACCUGAAGACUCUUAUAUUCAAUGACACCCCAUGGGUCAACCAAUCCACGCUCUCCAUGUUCCUACUCCAUUCCAGGGCCCCCCUCCGAACUCUUCAUGUGAACCUUUGCCACAACAUCAACAGCGAAGACUUCAUCAAUAUUCUUAAUGAUCCCGACGGAGCGAAUCCAGAAUUGAAAGAAUUAACUGAUGUGGGAGUCGCCUGCAUGGCUGGCAUGGACGAUUGGGGCGUUGGAAAUCUGUCGGCAGUAUUGCCAAAUCUGAAAAUCCUUGACGUGUCCCAGACGAGAAUUACCGGCUGUACCAUUCGCAUGUUUGCGGAUGCCCGGACCGAAGAAUCGGCCAUUGAAAAGCUCGACAGCUUAAUCAUAAAAGGAUGUGACGGUGUGUCUCGUGAUGCCAUUGACUAUGGACGGCAAAUGGGACUCAAGAUUGUCACUUAG